AUGCCAAGAGAAGACAAAGAACAAGAAGAGGAGCAAAAAGCUCGAACUGCUUAUGACUUAAUUCGAAUGCGACUUGACCGACUUGAGAAAAAUAUUGAUAAACUCGCAUCUAUUCCUCAGAGAAGAGAUGCCAGGAAACCUCGACCACCACCAGACUUUGUACGCAAUGUUGUUGGUUCUUCGGCUGCAGCGGGAAGCGCAGAAUUUCAUAUAUUUCGAAGUAAUCGCAAACGUGAAAUGGAUAGGUUGGACUAUAUGUACAAAAAGGCAGAAGAAGAGGAACUUGAUGCAGAAUUCCAGGAGAGACGUGAGAAACAACUCCGGUCAGAGGAAGAGAGAACUGCUAAGAAACGUUUGAAGAGACAGCGUCAGAAGGAAAAAUUGGCUCUGAAAAAGAAAUUGAAGAAGAAAGGUAUUGGGAAAGAAAAAGAUGAAAUUGGAAGUGAGGAAUCGAGCUUAGAAGGCACUUCAGAAGGCCAUAAAGAAGAAACUUUCAUCAAUGAAAAGGAAUCCUCACCAGGAGUGGGAGACUCAAAGUCUGAGAAACCAUCCGAAACAGGCUUCCCAGUACAUAAAAUAGGCAAUGAGGAGCCGUCAUCAACAAUGGAACAGUCAGAAGUCGCAUCAUAA